UUUUCAGAAGAAAAUGAUCUCCAACAAUGAUUGUCAUAAACCUACCAAGGUUCUUAUUCCUGAUCCUAGUCCUCCAGAUGACAUGGAGGAACAUUAUUCUCAACCUGAUCCUACUGAUCAUCCUUCAACCCUUAUUGGAAAUCCUCCAGAAUCUCCAGAACAGCUCUCUGGAAAUCAUAAUCCUUCCAAUCUUCUGACAGAUAUAUCUGGAAAUCCUAAUCUUUCAAUCCAUCUGAAAGAUAUAUCUAGACAUUCUGAUCCUUCUAACCUUCAACAAGAGAUGUAUGAAACACUUGAUCCACCAGAUGUAUCUAGAAAUCCUGAUCUUCCACCAGCUAUAUCUAGAAAUCCUGAUCUUCCACCAGAUGCAUCUAGAAAUCCUGAACUUCCACCUGAUGUAUCUAGAAAUCCUGAUCUUCCACCAGCUAUAUCUAGAAAUCCUCUUCCACCAGAUGCAUCUAGAAAUCCUGAACUUCCACCAGAUGUAUCUAGAAAUCCUGAUCUUCCACCGGAUGUAUCUAGAAAUCCUGAUCUUCCACCGGAUGCAUCUAGAAAUCCUGAUCUUCCACCGGAUGUAUCUAGAAAUCCUGAUCUUCCACCUGAUGCAUCUAGAAAUCCUGAUCUUCCACCAGGUAUUUCUAGAAAUCUUGAUCUUCCACCACAAGAAUCUGGAAACCAUAUUACUUUUUCCUUCCCUGAACCGAUAGAUCUUUUAGCUGAGUUAUCAGAACAUCUUAAUCCUUAUGAUCCUCCUACACAUAUAUUAGAAAAUCUUGUUUGUUUCAACUUCCCUGAACCUACAGAUCUUUCAAUUGAGUUUUCAGAACACUCAGAUCUUGCUAAUGCUCAGAUAAUGGUAUCAAUGCAUUCUGAUUCUUCUGGUCUUCCGAGACUGUAUUCGGAUCCUACAGAUUUCCCUCCAGUCUUAACAGAAGAUCCUACGCCUGCCUCAAAGGAUACGAAUUCAGGUUUUCUAUUGGUCACACGUAAUCCUAAUUCCCAUCACAGUACUCCAGACCUUACUCCUUCCGCUGUCAUUGCUCCGGAGCUUGAUUCUAUUCUAACGAAUGAUCUUGAUUCUAAACAAGAAAAUCAAGAAGGUUUCUCAACUGAACCUGGACCAAAUGUAUAUCUAGAUGCUAAACCACUAGAUGAACCCCAACUAGAUGUAUAUCUAGGUGCUAAACCACUAGAUGAACCCCAACUAGAUGUAUAUCUAGGUGCUAAACCACUAGAUGAACCCCAACUAGAUGUAUAUUCAGAUGCUAAACCACUAGAUGAACCGCAACUAGAUGUACAUUUAGAUGCUAAACUACUAGAUGAACCUAAACUAGAUGAAGAUCUAGUUACUAAACUACUAGAUGAACCCCAACUAGAUGUAUAUCUAGGAACUAAACUACUAGAUGAACCUGAACUAGAUGAAGAUCUAUUUGCUAAACCACUAGAUAAACCUGAACUAGAUGUAGAUCUAGUUACUAAACCACUAGAUGAACCUGAACUAGAUGUAGAUAUAGUUGCUCAACCACUAGUUGAACCUGAACUAGAUGUAGAUCUAGGAACUAAACUUGACGUAACUCCUUUAAAUAAAUACCCUCGAAUAUGGAUUUCCAAGUCUCUCUUUUCUGCACCAAACUCUGAAACUUCUCAGGAAUCAGCCGAGAACUCUGAACCUCAACCACCCGGAGAGGAUUUUGAACCUAUAGCUUUCGGAGAGAAUCACAACCAGUAUCCUAAAGAAAAUGGGUUCAUUAAUAGAAUUAACCCCCCUAUCUCGUAUGUGUAUAAGAAACCAUAUUCAUUCGAAAGUAACUUCCGGGAUUUCUGGUUUGAAACUUUGUUAUAUGAUGAUUUGGAUUUUGUCUGUCCUGCGAAUGACCUUGAGUAUAUCCGUCCAGACGAGACUCAUUCCCAUCUUAGCAUCCGGGAUGGUUCUCCUACUCCAAGGUCUGCAGAUUCACCCAGUUUUCAGAGGAGACUAUCAAGCUUUCUGAAAAACAUGAAGGAUGUACCUGAGAAAGAAAGUAAGACUGAAAUAAAGCCGGAGAUUCUGUUUGAACCUGAUACCUCCAGUUUAUCAUUGAGUCUUGAUGGUAGUUUCUCUGAACCAUGUUCUGGUAAUAACAAUGAUUUAGUAACAAAGGGAUGUUCGUUAACAAGUUCUCUUGAAUUUGGACGUGAACCUACAAGAGUGCAUGAACGGUUUGAGGAAAUCUGUUCAAACUAUGAGAAAAAGAAAUCUCCUGAAGAAAGUUCUUCUUCAGUAUUUUCAAGAUUAGGGUCAAAAUUGAACGUUUCAAAGGAACAAACUCCGGGUAGGCUGAUAGCUACGGUGAAAGAAUUUUACUCACGUUCUUCAAAAGAGCAAAGUGCAAGGAGUCGAGUCCGAUCCAGGUCCAACCUGAGAUAUCCAGCUAGUGCGGGAUCUGGAAGAAUGGAACUGUUUCCAGAUCCUUCUCUUGAACGUAUCUCAAGAAGGACGGAUUUCAGCGUUCAAUCACCUGAAUCCUUCGAGCCUUCAAGUUCGGAUUUCAUUGAAAGAUAUCCCCUAAGGACUUCAAGAACAGGACCAAGAGCAUCUAGUACCAUCACUAGUUCUUCUUGUAUACCAUCAUUCACUACAACAGUAUUAGAAGUACCAUUGAGAGCACCAAGUACCGUCACUAGUGCUUCAUUUAGAUCAUCAUUCUCUGCAAGAGAAUUAUACCCACCCGUCAGAGCAUCUAGUCAAUUCUCAGUUCCACCUUCAAGAGUAUCCAGUUCAGCCUCUGUAGCCCCUCAAACCUUCCCAAAUCCUAACUGCGAAUGGAUUUCAUACAAUCAACAACCAGCUGUUCAACCUCCGACCUGGAGAAACCCUGAAUCCUUAAAUUCUGCCUCCCCAUUUUACUCAGGAUGUAAUUUAAACCAUUCUCCUUCACAUAGCUUAGAUCAAGAUCUUCGACAGGUUAUGAAUCAGCGAAGGCAAAGGGAUCCAUAUUUUUCACGGCAAAAGCAUCAAGAUCCAGGAUUUUCAAGGAAUGAGGAUAUCAUCGAUUUCUGGGAUUUCAAAAGUGGAAGAGAUCAUCGUCAAGUAAACCUGGUAAGCCCUUCAAAGCUGUAUACAAGUUUCUAUCCUGUUUACUCAUCAUGGUCCAGAAGCCCCACAAGAGAGAGAUCCAUAAGCCAGCGUAGUCCUAAUCAAUCUGGAGAUAUCAGGGACAGAUUCUUAACAGAUACUGAGCUAGAGAAUAUAGAGGUUGAGAUAAUAGAAGUAGAGGAUCAUGAAACGAUGGAAGCUCCAGACUCAAACAAGCGGAAUGGCAAAGACACUAUUCGUCAUAAGGGAGUAAAUUCUCAACAGAAUGGAAAUAGGGGAAAAGAACCCUCUCAGACAAAUGUUAAAGGGAAAAGGCAGAAGAGAAAUAAGAAAAGAAAAUUUGAGGAAGAAGCAAGGGAAUACAAUGAAAGGAAAGAAAAGAGACACACCAAGAAGUUAAAAGAAGACAGGAUAAGAUCGGAGAUGAUUCGGAAAACAAAGCAAAGUUUGAAGAAGAAUAUCAGAAGUGUGGAACUGAUGACAAAGAGUAGGUUGGAGGCUGCUACGGAAGUGAUGAAGGAUGAGGAGGACAUGAGGAUUGUUUGGGAGAGGAACAUCAGGUUGAGGGAGGAAGAGGACAGGAGAAUGAUCAUUGAGAGGACUUUCGGGAUUACAAACAAAGGGAUCAAUGAAGAAAGGAUAGAUCAAGCAAUCCCUAGGUGGAGUGGAGAUCAUGAGUAUCCAGGAAAUGUUCAGUUAAGACUGGAUCAAGGGAUAAACGAGUUAUGUAGAGAUCGUGGACUCAACCAGACACCACGCUAUCAAGGGACCGAUCAACAUCCUGGAAACUUCCAGAUACGACUGGAUCAAGAGUAUCACCAGUUAAAUAGAUAUCAUGGGAUCAGUCAGAUGCCCCAAUAUCAGGGGAUCAGUCAGAUGCCUCAAUAUCAGGGGAUCAGUCAGAUGCCCCAAUAUCAAGGGAUCAGUCAGAUGCCCCAAUAUCAGGGGAUCAGUCAGGAACAUGAAAACUUCCAAAUAAGAUUGGAUCAGGAAUAUGAUCAGUUUAGUGGAGAUCAAGCAAUCAACCAAAAUUCUGAAAACAUCCAGUUAAUGUUGGAUCAAGGGAUCAGACAGUGUCAGAAGUUUCGCCAAAGCAAUGAGGAAAGGGAAAGAGAAUGGGGGAUAGAAAGAGCAAGGAUGGAAAAGGAUGAAAGAUCAUGGAGGGAAAAGGAUGAAAGAUCAAGGAGGAAAAGUAAUGAAAGAGCAAGGAGGGAAAAAGAUAAAAGAAGAAGGGAGAACGAGAGGAAUCGGGAAAGAAAUGUAAAGCGGAGGGAAGAUAGAAGGAAAGAAGAUGAGGAGAAAGAGGAAAGGCGAAGGGAGAAUGAGAGGAAAAAUGGAAGAAGGGUUGUGUAUCAUACAAGUGAAAGAGGCCGAAGCAAGAGGAAUAAAAGUGAGGAUUGGAAAGAUCGAGAGGAAAGAGAACGAAGUAGGGAUCGAGAUAAAAGAAAGAAAGACGAACCAAAAGGGCGACCAAGCGUAUGGAAAAGACUGGGUUGAACAUCUUGGCUCUAGAUCAUCCAAAUAUAUCAUUCAAUGUCCGUUUAGGCGUUUAGUACUCGUGCAAUGUACCAUGCAGAUCUUUCUCCAGUCCCCCUCCUCAGCUGACGUGCUUUUUGUCCUAAACUGCCUCCCCUCCCCCUUAUAGGUCACCUUCUACCUUCCACCCUCUCAAGUCGCCAUAUUUUUUUUGUGUCAUUUUAAAAAAUCCCCCUUUCUCGUUGAUUAUUAUAUCUUCAUUAUUUCUUGCUUUAAUCUAUUCUUAAUUCUAUUUUUGUUCCAAUUCGUCUUUUCAAGUUCCAUUUAUUUUUAUUUUUCAUAAAUUCUUUGUAAUUUUUUAACCCUCGCCAGUUGCCAUACAUAUAUUUACCAUUCGUGCAACUACCUUUGGAUCCGUUUUCGUAUCAUUGGUUCUUUGUGACUGAUAUCACAAAUUGCUCAAGCUCUUCUAUAUUUUUUUUAAAGAAAAUUCAAGUUCUUACAUUUCAGA